UUUUGACCAUCGUUUGGUUAAAUGACAGGCAGUAAAUUUAGCUUUAACAGGAAUGGGUCUAACAAAUAUGUAAAAAUAUAAAUUUUCAAUUUAGAAUAAUCAUCACUUUCCCAGAAACUCAUUUGUGAUAUGUGGACUUCAGCCUGUGGCAUUAACAACAUUGUUUUGUUUUUUCAGGGUCAUGGGAAAUUACACCGACAACAGCUUCACAUUACAAUUGGAAGGUUUAAAUGUCUCAAAGGAUUCCACAUACCCCCUCUUCCUGUUCUUCUUUUUCUCCUACCUGUUUAUACUUGUUGCAAAUGUGGGCAUUGCUGUUCUGGUUUUUGUUGACAAAAGCCUUCAUCAACCAAUGUAUCUCCUGUUUUGUAACCUGCCACUGAGUGACAUCAUAGGAAACUCUAUCAUGGUGCCUCGUUUGCUUGUAGACUUGUUGCGGCCUCCCUCUGAGCGCCUCAUCAGUUACUAUGAAUGUGUGGUCCAAGCUUUCACCACCCACAUGUUUGGUACCACCACUCACACUGUGCUCAUGGUUAUGGCCUUUGACAGAUAUGUGGCCAUCUGCAAUCCAUUGCGCUAUGCUGCCAUAAUGACCAACAAAAUGGUGAUUAAGUUGACUCUUUCAGCCUGGGGUGUGGCCUUAGUUUUGGUGGGAAUUCUGCUCGGUCUGACCAUACGGCUUAACCGAUGCAAGACUCUGAUCAUGAAUCCUUACUGUGACAAUGCCUCUCUGUUUAAACUCUCCUGUGACAGUGUGUUCAUUAACAAUGUUUACGGCCUCACUUUCACUGUAGUCCUGUUCACAGGUUCUAUAGGCAGCAUGGUUUUCACUUACACUAACAUUACAGUAGUCUGUCUGACCAGUAAAAACAAGUCUUUGAACAGCAAAGCCUUGAGGACCUGUAGCACUCACCUGGUGGUGUAUCUCAUCAUGGUGUUCAAUGGAAUGUCUAUCAUUACUCUUCACCGGUUUCCCCAGUACUCAGACUACAGAAAACUUUGUACCAUUUUAUUUCAUAUCAUCCCAGGAAGCCUCAACCCAAUUAUUUAUGGUAUGCAGUCAAAAGAGUUAAAAAAGUUAUUUUCAAAGUUGUUUAAGUCAAAGAAGGUUUGGCCAUCAUUAUAGUGUUUGUCUCAAGGCCAUUUUUUUAACUGAUCAAAAUUCUUCUAUGUUGCAUAUUCCAUCUGAUUGUUUUUUUUCCUUGUAAGUGUACAGAUGUCUAUUAUUACAGAUGAUUAAUAUCAAAGUAAUAAGAGGUAAUGUGUUAUUAUAAAAGGAUUGGAUAAACUUAUGAGUUGGGACUGAAAGACACCUUUUUUUCUACUAGCUAUCAAAAUAGACACAGCAGUUUCUUUUCACAACAGCAUUGUAAUUACUUACACAACAAUC